AAUUAAACGCAGGAGCAAGAACUCAAACUCCAUAACACGAGAGAGAGAGAGAGAGGGAGAGAGAGAGAGAGAGAGUUUUGAGUUAGGCAUGGCAGCUCGCAAGAGGGCGUUAGCGGCCACAGACACAAGCACCGUGAAAUCAGUCUGUACCGAUACCAAAACCGAUCACAAACCCCAAGAAACUACUGACUCACCAAUUGCUCCUCCAAAAUCUGCCUCCAUUUUCAAGCUCUCUCUCUUGCUUAUCGCUCCUUACUUUUAUUUGCUUUUCUACCACUACAAAAUCCAGCAUGACCUCAAAAUAUCAAUCCUCAUCAAUGCUGUCCUUAGCCUUGCAGGAUUCUUCUUGACUGUCAAGAUGAUUCCUGUGGCUUCUCGAUACGUUUUGAGGAGGAAUCUUUUUGGUUAUGAUAUUAACAAGAAGGGUACCCCUCAGGGCACUGUUAAAGUGCCUGAAUCAUUGGGUAUUGUUGUUGGGAUAGUCUUCUUGGUAUUGGCAAUCUUAUUUCAGUAUUUUAACUUCACAGCAGAUUCCAUUUGGCUUGUUGAGUAUAAUGCAGCACUUGCAUGCAUCUGCUUCAUGACUCUACUUGGAUUUGUGGAUGAUGUCCUUGAUGUACCGUGGAGAGUGAAAUUACUCCUGCCAUCAAUUGCUGCCCUUCCAUUGUUGAUGGCAUAUGCUGGACAUACAACUAUCAUAAUACCAAAGCCUCUUAUUCCAUAUGUUGGGCAUGAAAUACUGGACCUAGGAUGGAUAUAUAAGCUAUACAUGGGGCUUUUGGUGGUUUUCUGCACAAAUUCCAUUAACAUUCAUGCUGGUAUAAAUGGUCUGGAAGUCGGGCAAACAGUUGUGAUCGCAUCUGCUAUUUUGAUACACAAUAUAAUGCAAAUUGGAGCAUCUGUGGAUCCCGAGUAUCAACAGGCCCAUGCAUUUUCUGUUUAUCUUACUCAACCCUUACUGGCCACCUCCAUGGCUUUACUUUCUUUCAAUUGGUAUCCUUCUUCAGUUUUUGUGGGAGAUACUUAUACAUACUUUGCCGGAAUGACUAUGGCUGUUGUCGGGAUUUUAGGCCAUUUUAGUGAAACGCUCCUGAUUUUCUUUUUACCUCAAGUAAUAAACUUUCUCUUAUCGCUUCCCCAGCUUUCUGGCUAUGUUUAUUGCCCACGGCAUCGUCUGCCUAGGUUUGAUCCUCAGACAGGACUGCUAACCGGAACUAAUGAUGGAACAGUUGUCAAUGUUUAUUUGAGAAUUUUUGGCAGAAAGUCAGAAAAGUCUCUUUGUAUCCAUCUUCUUCUUGUUCAGGCUAUUGGAUGCUGCUUCUGUUUCUUGCUAAGGUAUUUGCUUGCUGGCUGGUACAAAUGAGCUUGUAACAUCAAAGAAACAAAUUUCAGCUCCUAUUUAUUUUGCAUGCCAUGCCAUCUAUUUGGGUUAUAUCAUGUGUCCAAAGGUAGAGUAUUGCUACCGAUACAGGUACCUUUUUUUUUGGAAGACAACAAUUACUUACAAUUUUGACAUUCUUUGGAUUGGAUGCAGCCUACAUUCUAUCAGAAUUGUUAGACUAGAGUUUUUAACACAUCUUGUAAUCUUGUUCUUUACGGGAAUGAAGCAAACUUUCAGUAUAGAA